ACAGAUAGAACAAGGACAUAGUUAUAAAUAUAUUUAUUGGGAGGUUCCAAUUAAAGAUUAUUCACAAUUUAAUGACAGCGUUUUCGAGGUGUGAAACUGUGGUGUCCUAUGAUUAGAAAGUAUUUUAUUGACUUUGGCUUUGAUUGCGUCUGGCCUAAACAACAGGCUGUUUUUUAUUUAAUCAUUUUAUUUUGAAUGCUUCAAAGUCCCGGAAGAGGCGCUGCAUGUGUCUUGCAGAGACCGCGGGAAAAUGUCGUUAUUUCCUGCUCCCUGAAGAAGGUUGUCGAGUCGUCGCGACAGUGAUUGUAAACACAUGAUAAAGAAUAAUAACAUGCUAAACAACAUUCUUAGAAUCGAUUGUCAUAUGCUACUUCCAGGUACAUCUCUGAGCCAUUGAUUGAGCAUCAGGAGAAUGGAGGGGGAUUUGAUGGAUGACGUGUAUGGUGACCUCAGCCAAGACCACCAUAAUACCACAGCAGCUUUCAAUGAAGACUCUGUGGAUAUUUAUUUUGGUUUAGAAAGUCCAAAGAUGAAUUCGAGCGCAGAAAGGAAUUACACACUCCUCUCACCACAGAAUCUGAAAUAUAUGGAUUUGUAUGAAGAAAUGAUAACAGAGGAACAGCAGGACAGAGAGUCUUCCUACAAUGAGUUGAGGACAAGAUUCAAUGCAGCACAAAGCCAAGUUGAUGAGUUAAUGAGAAGGUUGCAGCAGACUGAAACACAGAAUACAACGCUGAACACCGAGAACAGCCGCCUGAAGAAGAACAUCUGUGCGCUCAUCAAGACAGCUAAAAUGGAGGUUGUGCGGAAGGAUGAGGAGAUAAAUAGGUUGAGCCAAAGUUUCAGGCCAAGGAGGGGUCCUGUAGUUCACCAUCAAUCUCAGAUGAACUGCCUGAGAAAUCAAAUUCCAACCCGACUGAAUCCUACGGGGCCGUCUCAACUUAGCCAACCACAAGUCCCAAACCGACUGAAUCCUACGGGGCAGUCACAACCUAGCCAACCACAAGUUCCAACCCGACUGAAUCCUACGGGGCCAUCUCAACUUAGCCAACCACAAGUCCCAAACCGACUGAAUCCUACGGGGCAGUCACAACCUAGCCAACCACAAGUUCCAACCCGACUGAAUCCUACGGGGCCAUCUCAACUUAGCCAACCACAAGUUCCAACCCGACUGAAUCCUACGGGGCCAUCUCAACUUAGCCAACCACAAGUUCCAACCCGACUGAAUCCUACGGGGCCGUCUCAACUUAGCCAACCACUAGUUCCAACUAGACAGAAUCUUACAGGGCAGCCUCCACCAAGCCAACCCCCGGGUCCUAGACAGGAUUGUGUUGUAAAGGAUCUUAGCCAGCUCCUCUGUAAAGACAGAGAUGUGGUCCACCCCCUUCUCCCUCCAACCCCCUCUGAUGCAACAGUUUUCCGACCACCUCUUCCUGUCACUUCAAAGACCGCUAAAGGAGAUUCAGAAGCUCCAGUGAAACGCACUGUUGGUAGUUCCAGCCAGGACUCUGUGAAUAGACACCCUACACGUGAACUUGAGCCGAAACAAACCAAGCACAGAGAAGGCGGAGGUGGAAAUCCGAGGCUGUCCGACUCAAAUGAGCAGCGAAAAUAUAACUCCAAGUCAAGCAGAUGCCCUCGUCUCUCAGAUGUUGAGGUACGCAGGAGAUCAGAGCGGGCCAAAAAUCCAACCUCGGACAUUUUGCAUUGCACUGCUUCCUCUGAACGCACUUCCGAAGGAUUGUCUAAAGAUUGUGCAGCCUAUCAAUCAAAAGGUUCUAGUCGGCAUUAUCAGGAGCUCAGGCGUGAUAAGGGUGAUGGUAAUAGGCAUAGUAGAGGUACUAAAGACAUUUCCUCUAACAGAAAGCAUGCCUAUUUGAACCAAGCCAGUGUCACUGAACGAUCCAGUGAAUCUUUUAAUCGCAAGGGAGGGACAAGUCCUCCAAGGGACCGUCGAAGGAAAGAGGAGAGAAGAAGAGAGGAUGAGGUCAGAAAAGAAAAGAAUACAUCAAAAAAAUCAGGAGAAAGAAAAAGCACUUGUACAGAGAGAAGAAGAACAAAGGAAAGUGGCCGACGCAGUAAGGACAAGACAAUGGACGACAGUAAAGUCGGGGGGCAAAAGACAGGUGAAAAGUCUGAAUUUCUUCCAUCUGAAGCUAAAGUGGCUGCGAAAAGCUCUGUAGAGGAAACCGGUCCAAACAGAAAGUUAAGUUUCAUGGAAACUCUGAAUCUUACCCUGUCACCAGUUAAAAAACCAAGACAGCUUGCUGAAACCAAGGAACGGGAGGGCACACCACCUGAGGAAGUUCCUGAAGACCAGUCAGCGGAAGACAGUGGACAGCCUGAUCUAGACAAGUUACUCAUCUUAGACGAAAUCAACAGCAGUGUGGUAGAGACCGACGAGGUCUUCGAGGACCCAGUGGUACAGCCCUCUUCAGAAAUCCCAAUGUCUUCAGAACCUGGAAGUAUUGACCUUAGACAUACAGACAAAGAACCUUGUCAGGAUGCUAACAAAGGUCUGACUGAGGCCACAGUGGCCAAAAAGCAACCUAAGUGCCAGUUAGAAGUGGGAGACACUAUUGUCCAAGGUGUCUCUGAAGGUAAGCCUGAGCUGCCGGAGGCCACAGUGGAUCAGAGGACUGAACCCACCACACCAGAACCUCUCAGGGUUAGUGUUUCAGCUCCAGACUGUGCCAUUGUUUUGAGAACGCCACUGAAAAGCAGACCUGAAGAAUGUGCCUCUGCGAAUAAAGUGAGUGAGUCUGAUGAUUUUACUGCUGCUGCUGUCACUGCUCCUACUGUGGCUGGGAAUUGUGGAAACAAUUUAAAUACUGACACUGGCCUAUCGUCUAACGGAUUUACCCCUGACCAUUCAAUGGAAAAUGUCGUUCUUAUUACUGAGAAUUGGGUGUGUAAGCCAAACGGUAAAACUCCCAGUGCUUUGGUCUGUGAAAGUCAAGCUGUUGAAACUGUGACACAUGUUCCACCCGCUGCUGUCUGCGUGGGACAUCCUGCUGUUGAAGGUGUUCCAGGAAAAGAACCAUCGGAAUCUCUGCAAUUGCCACUGCCUGCCUCUGUUAUUUCAACCUCUAGUCUAGACGUGACAGCAGAGGUGCAAGGUCUUUCCAAGCAUGGUGUUUCCAGUACGAUUAGCAUGGAGGUAAUUCCAGAGAUCUGCAUUACAUCUGAGAUCGUUGAAGAUGCCACAGAGAUACCUCUGGAGUGUGAGAAAGAGAGGACUGUUGUGGAACAAGGUUCACCGUUGAGCGGUUUUGAAGUGUCUAAGGUGAGCAGCACAACGGGAGAGGUUUCACCAUCAGCACAGCACAACAGUGGCUUGUCACAAACGCCAAAGAAGUCCCUCAAUUCUGAGCCAAGUCACACAGAGAAUGAGGACAUGAAUGUUGAGCCCUCUAGCUCCAUUCCAUUGGCCCAUGAUGAGAACUCGAUGAUGCUUACACUGGGCAGCCUUAAAGGUAUUCCAGAUGCCAUCAGCCCACUCACAAGCCCAGUCCGUCCAAUGAGGAAAAGCCAUCAGCCGCCAUGUCACAGCAAACCUGCUUACGUCAAGAGUCUUCGCAAAGAGUUUACCAUUGCUGCUGGGGAUCCCAAUUCAAAGAAGUUAGAUGUGAAUAUGGAGAACAAGAAUCCUGGCCGCUCCAUUGCAAGUGCUACACAACAAGCUGUGGAUCGGGCUUCUGUCCGUUCUUCCAGCCCUGAGGAUGAAUUGGAAGAGGGUGAAAUUCUUAGUGAAGGGGAAGAAACUCCAUUCACGCCAAGUUCUCCAGCCAAAACGGUUAGGCCCACAAGCACGGUUAAAAGUCAACAAAUUCCCAAGUCAUCCCCUAGGCUUUCCAAGAAGUCGCUUGACGAGAAAGGGAAUUCUAAACUCUUAAGUAAAACCUUGAUUUCACCAGUUGGAAGCCCCAUGUCAAAAGCUCGCUAUAAAACGGUUCAACCUCUGUUACCCAAAGCUGCCUUGUGUACCGUGGAGGAGGUUAUGGCCAUGUUUGUAAAGAUCCGCUAUGCAUGCAGGAAAAAGUACAUGAAGCUUCGUUCAACCUUCUCUAAGGAACGCUUCUGUGGUGUUAUGGACAUGUCCCUUGACUCUUUUACAGACUUUGUUGAUAGUGUCAGCUUUACUAAACUAUGCAGCCAAGAAGAUGACCUCAAAGUGAAAUUGAAGAACAACAUAAUGUCUGUUUUGAGUAAGUUAUCAAAUAAUGGCAUUGUCAACCGCAUCUUUGACCAGGAACCACUUAAUAUGAAGUCGAAACUGUGGGAAUUUGUGAAUGUGCAGUUAGACUUCUUAUUCAAGGAAAUUCAGACUGCUCUGAGAAGUGUUUGCAAAUCCUCAAAUGGAAACCAGUCUGCAGGAGCUGAAAAAAGGGACUUGAGUCUCUCCAAGCAGCCAGUGAAGUCCCCCAAGCAGCCAGUGAAGUCCCCCAAGCAGCCAGUGAAGUCCCCCAAGCAGCCAGUGAAGUCCCCCAAGCAGCCAGCGAAGUCCCCCAAGCAGCCAGCGAAGUCCCCCAAGCAGCCAGUGAAGUCCCCCAAGCAGCCAGUGAAGUCCCCCAAGCAGCCAGUGAUGUCAUCGGUGUCCACAGCCUCUAAACUUAAAAGACCGCAGGGAGCGGUACAAAAAACUAGUUGUGUGUCCAGAACAUCGGCAAGUAAAAGACCGCGAGAGGAAUUAACAGAGUGUGUUGAACCCAACAUAAAAAGAACCAGGGCUCAGACUCUCCCCCCUUGCAAAACCGGUCUUGGAAGAGGCAAAAAUAUUAAAAUGUCAUUUGAAGAAGACAAGGAAUCAGAGCCUCAAACCUCAGAUCAUCCUCUUAUGCAACCUCCUUUGCAACACGGGUUAGAGAUCUCAUCAUCAAACAGCCCUUUGUCUGCUGAGAAAACAGCUGCCUAUGUUCGCCGGCUGUCUCAAAAUGGCUCACUCCAUGACAAGUCUGACUUCGAAAUCCUCACAGAACAGCAAGCCUCAAACCUAACAUUCAACCUGGUGACAGACUCCCAGAUGGGAGAGAUCUUCAAGUGUCUGUUACAAGGGUCUGAUCUGCUAGAAACUAAUGUCUCAGCUGGGGACAAUCAGGGCUGGCCUCUUGGUACUCCUCGGAAAGGAGAGCGCUUCCGAGGCGUUACCACCCCAAGCAAAGUUUGUACCACAACCAAAGUUGGUACUCCCUCUAAAGUCAUUGCCACAUGGUCUUCUAUUUCACCUUGCAAGUUUUCCUCUCUAAAUUCAAAAGUCCAAAUUCCACUAAAUCCAGCUUUGUUGGAUGAGAGUUGCAUGUUAGAGGUGCCCUCCAGCCUACCAGAAGACAAAAUGACAUCGCAGUCCAGUGUGUUCUCGCAGAGAUCUUAUUCCAUUUUGGCAGAAGAUCUGGCUGUCUCACUCACAAUUCCUUCGCCUCUCAAGUCUGACAGUCACCUCAGCUUCUUGCACCCAGCCAGCGUGGAGCCCAUGUCUGCUCCAGAUAGUGUCAUCAGUGCACAUUUCAGUGAGGAUGCUCUUAUGGAUGGGGAAGACGCUACAGAGCAGGACAUUCACCUUGCUCUGGACACAGACAACUCCAGCGGUGCGUCAAGCGGUGGUGGCAGGACUAGGGAGGCUCCUGUUAACCCCCUGUUUCACUUCAAGCCUCACUUGCCCAUGCAGGCAGUAGUGAUGGAGAAGUCAAAUGAUCAUUUCAUUGUGAGGAUACGGCAUGCAAACACUAGCCCAGACAUCAACUCCAACAACUCAGGUGUCAACUUCACCAACCUAGGCAUCAACUGCACCAACCCAGGCAUCAACUUCUCCAACCUAGGCAACAACUCCACCAGCCUAGUGGUCAACCCCACAUGCCUAGGAAUUAAAUCAACAAGCCAAGGAGUCAACUCUUCAAGCCCAGGAAGUGUAAACUCUACCUACCCAGGAAAUAACUCCACCAACAAAGACACAAACUCAAGCUACCCAUGUGUCAACUCCACAAGCCCACAAGCCAACUGCACCAACCCAGGCAUCUACCCCAUAAGUGCAGACAUCAAUCCAAGGGCUGUCUCAAGCCCUCAAACACCACCAGGAGAAGAACAACAUGGCAAAGACCAAGGAAAAACUCCUUCUAAAACCCAUUUUUCGAAGGCCAGUCCUCCUUUCUACCUUUCCACAAGCACCGAAACAGCAUCUGCGCUAUCUUCACCAUGCCUCACCAUCAUAGAAGACACACCGGAGAGGGACCACAGCAAGGGUAAGACGGGGAAAAAGCGGACAAGGCACCACGUCGAAAUGAAAGCAAAGCGGCCUAAAAAGGAGGUGAUCUCUGAGAAGAUCAAGCAUAAAAAGAAGUCCUCAAAAAGGGCCAAAGGAAAGGAGACUAGAAGCUCCAAGAGCGAGAGAAGUAAAGUCACUACUCCACCCCAAUCUACCCCAUCACCCAACAGCCUGUCUGCCAAGAAUAUCAUCAUAAGAAAGGGGGCAGUGGUGGUGACUUGGACAAGGGAUGAAGACCGAGAUAUUCUCCUCGCGCUGAAGAUGAAAGGUGCCUCUCCAGAUACUUUCUCUUCCCUAUCGGAGAAGAUGAACAAGACACCCGCUCAGAUUGCAGAGAGAUUUUCCCAGCUGAUGAAGCUUUUUAAGAAGAAGAAGAUGAUGUCGUAAGGUCAAGGCUCGAAUUUCCCAUUUGACGAAUGAGCAGAAGCAGAUCAUCUGAAUUUGAUCCCUGUAAUUGAUGGCCCUGGAACAUAUGAAGGCCAAACCAACUAGAUCUCAAACUGAAUUUUUUAUUUUUUGUUUGUUUGAUGGGUGGUCAGCAAGGAUCAGAAUAUCCUUGAGGUAACAUCCACACAGGCUUCAAUGUAUCAUCUCCCCACAGCCUAAAUGAAUACAGCUCGUAUAAGCUGUUUUGGUACAUCUGCACUAGUAUUUUUUUCUUUUUGUUUGCGUUAAAUCUAAUCUACCAUGUUGAUCCUGGGCAAUAUCCCAUAUCAACUUCACAACUCUUAAUAUGCCCCAGCAAGUUUAUAUCGUAUGUGGAGUUAAACACUGCUGUAAUCAUACAUUUAAUCUGAACUAAUUGACACAUUUUAGCAGUAAAUGGCGAGUUGUCUCUGAUACUUUUAUGGAGCAUUGUCAUAUGUACUAAAGUUACAUUUUAUACAGCGUCUGGGGGGGGGUGUUUGGAAAUAAAGAUUGGAACUACAAUUCAGGUCACAUUUAUAUCUUAUUUAAUGCUGUAUGGUCACAUGGCAGAAAGUACAUUUUACUGUACGGUAUGUCAACAGUAUUCUAUUUUGGAUAUAUAUUGUACUGACUUCAAGAUGGUCAGUUUAAAUGAAUAAAUAAGGCUUACACGUUCCAUUUUAUGUACGAUUCAAGGUGAUAUGUUUAUAGAAAUUAAGGAUUUUAAGGGGAACAUUUCCUGUCAGAUUUUUGGUUGGUUGGUUUGGAUGAGUGACUACCUGGUACACUGUAUAUUGUGCAUAUUUUGGUUUUUGUAAAUAAAGUGUAUUU